AUGGAUCGCAAUAACCUCUAUGGCUAUAAGCCAUCCAUUGCGGCCGGUGUUAUAUUCAUCAUUCUCUUCGCUCUCACGACUGUCUAUCAUACAUACCAACUGACCAAAGCCAGAUGCUGGUACUUCAUUCCUUUCGUGGUGGGAGGUAUCUUCCAAAUCAUCGGCUAUAUUUGCAAAUGCCUCGGUCACAAUAACCUCGCAUCCGUUGCUCUUUACGCUAUGCAGUCCGUGUUGAUCCUCCUUGCCCCGCCGUUAUACGCCGCAUCGGUGUACAUGGUCCUCGGGCGACUAGUUACAUACCUAAACGCGGAGAAUUUGAGCAUGGUACCCGUCAAGUGGAUGACCAAGAUCUUUGUCGCGGGCGACGUUUUCUCUUUCAUGCUUCAAUCGGCCGGCGGCGGCCUCAUGGCCGGCAGCUCCACCAGCAUGCGCACUACCGGAUCCAACGUUGUAAUCGGUGGCCUAGUAGUACAGCUCCUCUUCUUUGGCUUUUUCGUGAUCGUCGCAGCGAUAUUCCAUUACCGCAUCGAGAAAUCUCCGACAAUAAAAUCUACGAACGAGCGCCAAACGUCACGCGGGCAGGGCUGGCGGCAGCGCAGCUGGAUGACUGUUUUGAUGGCUCUGUAUGUUGUCAGCGCGCUCAUCCUGAUCAGGUCUAUUUUCCGCCUCAUCGAGUACAAGUAUGGAUUCGAUGGAUAUCUCAUGACGCAUGAGGUAUUUGGUUACAUUUUUGAUGCGCUGUUGAUGUUGGUUGCCAUGGUGGUGAUGAACGUGUAUCAUCCUGCUGUCAUCUUGGGCGAUGGGAAGGGGGGAAAUUCUCAAUAUUCUGAGGAGAUGCAGUUGCCUUAUCGGUGA